AUGCGGUGGAGCAGACAGGCCGAGAAAAAGUUCCGCGCGGUUCAGGACAUGCUAUCCGACGGUCUCGGCUUCAUCACGACGAAAGUUCCCAUCGUCAACGACGCGAAGAAACAGCGCAUUCACGCCCCCAUCCAGACGGUCGUGAACCUGAGCGACACAAGCUUCAGUCUUUUGCUGAACAGCAAUGACACCAAGGAUUGCUAUCCUGAGCCCCCUGGGACAAUCGCAGGUUGUGCGCACCUCAGCAACCAGCAGUUCUUCGACGUGACGGCGCUGGUCAAAUCGGUGAGCCCACUCCGGCCCGCGGGCAGAUCGGGCUCGGGCAACCGCGUCGUCUUCAACGUAGAGAUCAUCGACGGCUCCAUGUCCGGCGACCGCGCUCGCACGAUGCCGCUGACCGUCUUCACCGACCAGGCGACUACCCCGGGCGCUGGUGGGCCGCCGACCUGGGUGUUCUUGAAUGGCGCGGCGGGAGCUCCACAAUCUGUGAGCGUCUCCCGUAUCAAGGGUGCUCAAGAUGAUGAUGGGAAGUUCUCCUUCACCACGACCAAGAACACCAUUAUCGUUGAAGGUGCCACAACAGGCAAAGGGCGUCACCUUGCAGCAGAGGCCGCCACCUUGCUUGGCCUCACUGACACCGCCAGCUUUGUCGUCAAGAAAUUUGACGAAUGGGUCGCCAGGGACUUUUCAACGGAGGUUGCCGCGGAGACCAUGCGCGCGCUCUUCAAGGCCAUUGCGAACACCGUGAUUACAGGCGUGGAAGUUCUCGACCACGCGAAGGAGACGUUCUGGCAGUUAACUUGGCUGGCAGGUGCCAACAUCCGCACCAACGAUGGCAAACGCCUCUGGUUCCCUGUAACGGUUCGCGACAGCGCGGGCACGCUCGCGCUGUGCAUCCAGGAGGCGGCCGCUCUCAAACUCAGCGGCUUCGAUGACGCAGACGACUUCGAAGCAGCUUGCGUUGCCGGCAAGGUGCGGUUCUCACAAAUGGCUUUAGUGAAAAUCAUCCGACACCUCAAGACCGCGACCGCUGAACAGGACAGCGCCGUGCAACCGCCGGUCCAAAACACCACGUCCGACAUCGCGAUGCCCGCAGCUCUGCGCAUGCUCCGGAAGUCUCCGCAUUACACGCUCGCAGCGGAGAGCAUCGUGCCAGAUAUUCCGGAGACCUUGGAAGCCAGUUUCGCGAACGUGGCCGCAGCCGCGACGAUCUUUCGCCCUUGCUCACAGGCGCUUGCUCUCGCGGAGGCAUCGCAGCCAUCGACCCUGCAAGAAGCGGGGGCCGGCGGCUACAGGAUCACCACAAACAACGUUAAGGACCUGCUGCGUGAGGCGAACGAUGCCCCCGGCGCCCAGCUCACCUCCUUUUGCACCUAG